GAAGCCGAGUAAAGCCGCCGCCCGGGAGAGGACUGAAGGAGCUGUUGCCGCCGUUGGCGGCGGCUCAGGCAGUUUUCGCUGCUGCUACGGCUGUUGCCAUGCGGCGAGGCUAGGGAGGAGUUCACUUCCCCGGGGUGUAAUAAUGUUAACAGAGACCAGUCUAUCCAUAUGGGGAUGGGGAAGCCUUGGCAUUGUCCUUUCUCUAAUAACAUUUGGACCCUUUGUAAUAUUUUAUUUGGCAUUUUAUAUCCUCUGCUUUGUGGGUGGGGGUUUUGUUGUUACUCUCCUGUUUGGAAAAACAAACUCAGAGAAGUACCUAGAGCAGUGUGAACAUUCAUUUCUCCCUCCAACAUCAACUGGGAUUCCUAAGUGCUUAGAAGAAAUGAAACGGGAAGCCAGAACUAUAAAGAUUGAUAGAAGAUUGACAGGUGCCAAUAUAAUUGAUGAACCUCUCCAGCAAGUUAUCCAGUUUUCCUUGAGGGAUUAUGUCCAGUAUUGGUAUUAUACACUAAGUGAUGAUGAAUCUUUUCUUCUUGAAAUUAGGCAGACUCUUCAGAAUGCACUCAUUCAGUUUGCUACUAGGUCUAAAGAAAUAGACUGGCAGCCUUAUUUUACUACACGCCUUGUAGAUGAUUUUGGCACACACCUACGAGUAUUCAGAAAGGCCCAACAAAAGAUAACAGAGAAAGAUGAUCAAGUGAAAGGUACAGCAGAAGAUCUUGUAGAUACCUUCUUUGAAGUUGAAGUUGAAAUGGAAAAGGAUGUUUGCCGUGACCUAGUGUGCACUUCUCCCAAAGAUGAAGAAGGAUUCCUAAGGGAUUUGUGUGAGGUCUUAUUAUAUUUAUUGCUACCUCCUGGAGAUUUCCAGAACAAGAUCAUGCGAUACUUUGUCAGGGAAAUCCUUGCACGUGGAGUUCUUCUUCCAUUAAUAAAUCAACUCAGUGAUCCUGAUUAUAUUAAUCAAUAUAUCAUAUGGAUGAUCCGUGAUUCUAAUUGCAACUAUGAGGCCUUUAUGAACAUUAUUAAAUUGAGUGACAAUAUUGGAGAGCUUGAAGCAGUCAGAGAUAAAGCAGCAGAAGAGUUACAGUAUCUUCGAUCUCUAGAUACAGCUGGUGAUGAUAUCAACACCAUCAAAAAUCAAAUAAAUAGCUUAUUAUUUGUGAAGAAAGUAUGUGACUCUAGAAUACAACGGUUGCAGUCAGGCAAAGAGAUAAAUACUGUGAAACUGGCAGCAAACUUUGGGAAACUUUGCACAGUCCCCCUGGACAGCAUUCUUGUAGACAAUGUUGCACUACAGUUUUUUAUGGACUACAUGCAGCAAACUGGAGGUCAGGCACAUCUCUUCUUUUGGAUGACAGUGGAAGGAUACCGGGUUACAGCCCAGCAGCAGCUAGAAGUUUUAUCAAGUCGUCAGAAAGAUGGAAAACAUCAAACCAACCAAACCAAAGGUCUUUUAAGAGCAGCUGCUGUUGGAAUUUAUGAACAGUAUUUAUCAGAAAAGGCAUCUCCGAGAGUUACUGUUGAUGAUUAUUUGGUAGCAAAAUUAGCAGAUACUUUGAAUCAUGAAGAUCCAACCCCUGAAAUCUUUGAUGACAUUCAAAGGAAGGUAUAUGAAUUGAUGCUUCGAGAUGAAAGAUUUUAUCCUUCCUUCAGACAGAAUGCACUUUAUGUGCGCAUGUUAGCUGAGCUGGAUAUGUUAAAAGAUCCUAGUUUCAGAGGAUCAGAUGACGGCGAUGGAGAAUCUUUUAAUGGGUCUCCUACAGGAAGCAUAAAUUUGUCUUUAGAUGACCUUUCAAAUGUAUCUUCUGAUGACUCAGUACAACUUCACGCUUACAUUUCAGACACUGUAUAUGCUCACUAUGACCCAUAUGCUGUGGCAGGCGUUUGUAAUGAUCACGGCAAGACAUACGCAUUGUAUGCCAUCACUGUACACCGGCGCAAUGUGAACACUGAGGAGAUGUGGAAAACCUACCGUCGUUACAGUGACUUCCACGACUUCCACAUGAGGAUCACCGAACAGUUUGAAAAUCUCUCAAGCAUAUUAAAGCUUCCUGGUAAAAAGACUUUUAAUAAUAUGGAUAGAGAUUUUUUAGAAAAGAGAAAGAAAGAUCUAAAUGCAUAUUUGCAGUUACUGCUAACUCCUGAAAUGAUGAAAGCGUCUCCAGCCUUGGCUCACUGUGUGUAUGAUUUCCUUGAGAACAAAGCCUAUAGUAAAGGGAAAGGGGAUUUUGCUCGCAAGAUGGACACUUUUGUAAAUCCACUUCGAAAUUCUAUGAGGAAUGUUUCAAAUGCAGUCAAAUCCCUUCCUGAUAGCUUGGCAGAGGGAAUGACUAAAAUGUCGGACAACAUGGGCAAAAUGUCAGAAAGAUUGGGUCAAGAUAUAAGGCAGUCAUUUUUCAAGGUUCCUCCUUUAAUUCCCAAGACUGAUUCAGAUCCUGAACAUUGUCGAGUUUCAGCUCAACUUGAUGAUACUGUGGAUGAUAAUAUUCCACUUAGGGUAAUGCUGCUUCUCAUGGAUGAAGUAUUCGACUUAAAAGAGAGAAAUCAGUGGUUGCGAAGGAAUAUCAAAAACCUACUUCAACAACUUAUAAGAGCUACAUACGGCGAUACUAUUAACAGAAAAAUAGUUGACCAUGUUGAUUGGAUGACCUCACCGGAGCAAGUAGCCGACUUAGUGAAACGUUUCAGAGAUGCCUUUUGGCCAAAUGGCAUUUUAGCCGAGACUAUCCCAUGCAGAGAUAAAGGUAUUCGAAUGAGAACAAGAGUUGCAGGAAAAACUAAAUUACUUUCAAUUAUGCCAGAUGAACUGAAGCACAUUAUUGGAGCUGAGACAACACGGAAAGGUAUUCUUCGUGUUUUUGAAAUGUUUCAGCACAACCAGUUAAAUAGGAGAAUGGUUUAUGUCUUUUUGGAAGGCUUUUUGGAAACCUUAUUUCCACAGUAUAAAUUCCGUGAACUUUUCAACAAACUGCAUUCACGGUCAAAGCUGAUGCAAAAAUAUAAACAGAAACUUCAAACUACUCAAGCGCCUUCUUUACAGAAAAGGUGACACUCCAAUCUCUGAAACUGGUGUUCAUUUUGUCCAGGACUAAUGGUAUGGACGGAUCUUCUGGGGCUUAACUCAUAUACUGUUGUGUCUGCACCAGUCUUUUAGUGUCUCAGAAUAGAUUAUUAAUACAUCAUAUGACUGCCAUUCUUCUCAUCAUUGUCUGUAAUCCAGCCACUUGUACCAAGAGAGAUUUCUGUGUCUUAAAUGAUUUGGUGCAUAUUUUUGCAACACUGAGAGGAUACUGCCUACAGCUCAAGCAAGAAUGACAUUGGUCUCUUCCGUUUCAAACUAAUCAGCAUUCUCCAGCAAUGACAAAGUGCCAGAGUGUAUAUAUGAGAGUUAAGGAAAGCACAAAACAAUGGUUCACAGAUAAAUUGGCUAAUUUGUUUAACAGUGGGAAACUGUGCAAUGUACUGUUUGGAGGGGUUUGUUUUGCAUAAUGGUUUUAUAUAUCUUUGUCGGAAUUUUGAUAUAGUGUAGAUUAGCCAGGUGAAUGAUCUUUGAAACAUCUGUUUCAGGUCUAGGGAAAAUGACAGAAUGCCCUUGAAGUAUGAAGUGAC